AUGUCUCUUCCACCCAGCACGAGUCUGGACCAAUCAGACGCCCAGACUCUCAAGUUUGUGCUCGACACUCUGUUCGAGCCUUGCGACACCCUCAAGGGGUACCUAAUUCCACUGUUGUUCCCAAAGUCGUACAGUUCGUACUCUCAGCUGAUCGAGACAGCCAGAACACUGUUGCUCGACCUGUUCGACAAAUACUCCAAAGACCCGGCUCUGAAACCAACAAUCGACAAGAUCGUGUCGGCACACCCGCGGCUGGGCCCACCAAAGAACCCAAACACAAAACUCUCGGCCCAUUCGUCCAAAGAACAGGCCCAGCUCAACGCAGACCCGGUGUUGGCCCAGAAACUCGUCGAAUUGAACGACCUGUACGAACAAACGUUCCCUGGACUGCGGUUCGUGGUGUUUGUCAACGGACGCUCCAGAGACCAGAUCAUGGAAAACAUGAAUAGCCGCAUCAAACGCAAUAACAUCAACUUGGAGAUCCAAGAGGCAUUCAACGCUAUGUGCGACAUCGCACUCGACAGGGCCAACAAGCUCCAGCACAAGCUCUGA